CGCUCUUUCUCCUACGACUUUGUCUGCUUCGAGUAGCAACGACAUAUACCUCAGCCUAAGCGAACACCAUACUCGAGCUUCCAAUGGAUCCAGAAGCCUCUUCAUCGCAAUCGCAAUCCUCAUCGACCAACGAACCGUGGCACAUCCCUCUCUUCACCCACGUUACACGCACAUCCUCUACCGCACACACGACCGACAUCCGCUUGGUUCUCUCCAUUUUCGCUCUGUUCCUCAUCAUAGUGUAUCUAAGGGGUGCAGGCUGGGAGUCUGUGCUAUUCGUGGUAGUAGGAGGAGUUGCCGUCUGGAAGACUGCGAGGACGAGGGAGGGAGGUGAGUUUAGGAGGAUCAAGACUGCUCUGAGGAGGGAUUGAGGGAAUGACAAGAGCAGACCAGCUCCUUCACGAGAGAUGACUGCAUCUAUCCUCUGCGAUACACAUUCCGGUACUACGUGGACCUGGACUUGCAUACAAACCCUCGAAGCAUGUAGAGUGAGUGACGUUCAUUCGACAAAAACAGUGUCUGGAAUGGAUGCUCUUGUAUCAAUCAAACUUCAACCAUCUGAACCUGUCCACAAUAUACUUGUCC